CCGCCCCGCCCCGCCCCGCGCUCGCCCAGUGCGCCGGAGCCGCCGCCGCCGCAGCCACAGUCGCGGGCACGAUGGCUUCUGGAGUUACAGUGAAUGAUGAAGUCAUCAAAGUUUUUAAUGAUAUGAAAGUAAGGAAGUCUUCCACACAAGAGGAGAUCAAAAAAAGAAAGAAAGCAGUUCUCUUCUGUUUAAGCGAUGACAAAAGACAGAUAAUUGUAGAGGAAGCAAAGCAGAUCUUGGUGGGUGACAUUGGUGAUACUGUAGAGGACCCCUACACAUCUUUUGUGAAGUUGCUACCUCUGAAUGAUUGCCGAUAUGCUUUGUACGAUGCCACAUACGAAACAAAAGAGUCUAAGAAAGAAGACCUAGUAUUUAUAUUCUGGGCGCCUGAAAGUGCACCUUUAAAAAGCAAGAUGAUUUAUGCUAGCUCUAAAGAUGCCAUAAAAAAGAAAUUUACAGGUAUUAAACACGAGUGGCAAGUAAAUGGCUUGGAUGAUAUUAAGGACCGCUCGACACUUGGCGAGAAAUUGGGAGGCAAUGUAGUCGUUUCACUUGAAGGAAAACCCUUAUAAGACAAUAGUCAUGUGCCAUCUGGAUCUUAAGGAGCUUCCAUUUCUCCAGCUCAGUCAAUUGGAAUAGUAUUAGGUGUUUGUUGUUUCUUUCCCCGCCCCUCUUCCCACUGGAUCUUUCCAGAACAAUGAAUGAAGGAAAUAUCAUUCAUGUAAGCAGCCUAUCAGUGAUUGCCAUUAGACUGUUUGAUACUGUUAAUUUUGUGUAGGAACCAAGGAAUGUCAUAUUUUAGCCAAAACAACUGGUUCUAUGCCUCCCUUGCAGCAAGCACUACAAUGAAUGUGAUUGUUAAUGUGAAUAGCUUAGAUUACUACAAAGGAUAAGCUAAUUGAAUGCCUUGAAAGUAUUAGCCACUGGUCAGAUGGUAAACUUUAUUCAGUAUUAUUUAUAGUUGCACUUGAUUGCAGUUCUGUGAGGCUCGAGCGUUCAUACACCUCACCUGCCUUGGCAAGCCUAUUUUUGUGACCUGGCAGCACAGAUGUAACACUAUGCAUUGAAAGCACUUUUUUUGUAAUGAAUUAACCCCCUCCACCCUCAAAAAGGAAUGCCAAUUAAGUUGCAUUAACUGUGUCAUCAACUUAUUGUAGUACCUCUGUUCAUUCCUGUUACUUGCAUAUCUUAAAAGGAAUAGCUGUUAUUGAUGUCUUUUUUUUUUUUGUUUUGCAUUGAAUGUCCACUACUGAAGAAGUGUAGCAGUUUUAUGUUUACCAUGUAAGUCUCGUAACACUAAAGAUACUUUGAAUAUCAGUCAUGAUGGCAAUUUCUGUAUAAAAAGAGCCUUAAUGGAACAUUGUUUUUGAGAUCUAACCUCACCCUCACAAAAGUGGCCACGUUGCAAUAAAAACUGUGGCAUAUUACAGAA